UGUCUCUCAGAGAAAGUGCAGUUACUUUGCCUCUCCUGUGAAGCAUUUAAGAUGCGCAUAACAAAUUCCUCAGGUUGCAAUGUUUAUUCUGCAAUGGAGCCAUUUCCUUAUUUUUAUUACUUGAUAUUUCUUAUUGGGUUCAUUGGGAGCUGCUUUGCCCUGUGGACCUUCCUGAAGGCAGAGCAGCAUCGCAAAUGCAUGAGCGUCUACUUAAUUAACCUGCUAACAGCAGAUUUUUUGCUAACUCUUGCCUUGCCGGUGAAAAUCGCUGUUGAUUUAGGAGUUGCUCCCUGGAAACUGAAAAUAUUCCACUGCCAAGUCACAGCUUGCCUCAUCUAUAUCAACAUGUACUUGUCCAUCAUAUUCUUGGGAUUUGUAAGCAUGGACCGUUGCCUUCAGUUGAUACACAGCUGCAAGAUCUAUCGCAUCCAAGAGCCUGGCUUUGCUAAGAUGAUAUCAGCAGUAGUCUGGGCAAUGGUUCUAUUUAUCAUGGUGCCAAACAUGGCAAUUCCAAUCAAAGAAAUCAAAGAAACGGCCAAUGUGGGCUGUAUUGAUUUCAAAACGACGGUGGGAAGAGAUUGGCAUGUUUUCACUAAUUUCAUUUGUUCUGCAAUAUUUCUAAAUUUUUCCGCCAUAGUGCUUAUUUCUAACUUCCUUGUGAUCAGAUUACUCUAUCGAAACAGAUACAACGUGAGCUACGACAAUGUGAAGAAAGCUCUGGUGAACAUACUCUUAGUCACUGCAAGCUACAUAAUAUGCUUUGUUCCUUACCAUAUUGUCCGGAUCCCGUAUACUCUGAGUCAAAGCAAAGCUAUAACCACAGACUGCUCUGUCAGGCGAACGCUCUUCAAAGCAAAAGAAUCCACCCUGCUACUUGGUGUGUCAAAUCUCUGUUUUGACCCAGUUUUGUAUUUUUACCUUUCAAAGACAUUUAGGCUGAACGUGACAAAGACUUUUGGGUCGCGUAAAGAAAAUAAUACUCUCCGAGAAAAUGCAUUAACAGAGACAGAACUUUGAUGUUCAGUUGAGACUGCAAACCUUUCUAGACAAUUUAUUG